GCGGGAGGCUCCCAGCUGGGGGCCCGCGGCAGGGCGGUGUGCGGGCGUCCUGGGGCGCGGGCGAGGUCGGGCCGCUCCGCUUGCCAAUGGGAGCCGGGCGUGUGGGCUGAGAGGCGGGCUCCGCCUGUGCCGGCCGGUGGGGCUGAAAGGGGGCGGCGUGGGAGGCCAAUGCCAGUAAUAGCCGCCGCAUCGCCGCGCGCUUCCCCGCUACUGCACCUGCCCCGGCCGGGCGGAGGGAGGCGGCCGCGACCCAGCUAGCCCCGCGGCCGCCUUUGGAGGCGCACAGCUCUACCCCAGAGUCUGCAGCGGCCUCUGCCAGGAGAGAAGACCCCCUUUCGUUCAGUAAGGCACAGCAACGGAGAUGAGGCUGCCACCGCACCCUGUUGCUGUCCUCCUCAUGGUGGCCACUUUCAGUCUGGACUGUUGCCAUGGUGCCAAGGUGCUGGUGAUGCCCACCAUCGUCUUUGACAGCCACCUCCGGGUCUUCAUGCGGGUGGCAGAGGCACUGAACGACCGGGGUCACAACGCCACGCUUCUCCUCCAUGAGGGUCGGGAAUCUGAGCCCUUCCUGCCAGGCCUCCGAGUGCAAACAUACAGGGGGAUCUUCAGCAUGGAGAGUGCGGAUGCCUGGGUGCAGGAGAAGAUAAAGCGUGUCUUCCAGGGGAAGAAAACCUCCCUGGAGAUCUUCUCCUUCCUGGAAAAGUAUUUAGAAAACUGUGAUCUAGUGCUGGGGGAUGCAGCCCUCCUGCAGCAGCUCCGGGGUGAGGGCUUUGACUUGUUCUUGGUAGACCCCAACGAGAUGUGUGGCUUCAUUCUGGCCCACCUCCUUGGCAUCAAAUACGCGGUGAUCUCCACUGGCUUCUGGUACCCAGCUGAGAUCGGCGCCACUUCCCCUGUCGCCUAUGUCCCCGAGUUCAACUCCCUGAUGACGGACAGGAUGGGGCUGGUGGGCCGGACUUGGAAUCUCCUGGUCUACAUGAUCACUCGCAUCGCCACCAAGCUGGUAAUCCUGCCCAAGUUCGACCGCCUCAUGCAGAAACAUGGGGUGGAGCCGCAGAAGUCCAUGCUGGAGCUUGUCUACGGGACCAGCCUCUUCUUCCUGUGCAACGAUGUGGUGUUAGACUUUCCCAGGCCCACGCUCCCCCAUGUCAUUUUCACUGGGGGAAUCCUCGCUGAGCCUGAAAAGCCCCUUCCCGUGGGCCUGCGCCUCUGGGUGGAAGCUGCAGAUGCCGGUGUUGUCGUUGUCUCCUUUGGCAUUGGGAUCCGAGCACUCCCAAGCAACUUGGUGGAGAAGAUGGCUGGGGCAUUUGCACGCCUUCCGCAGAGGGUUGUGUGGAGAUACUUUGGUCAGAAGCCAAAUAACCUGGGUGAGAAUACGCUGAUGAUGGAGUGGCUGCCCCAGAAUGACCUGCUAGGUCACCCCAAUGUGAAAGCCUUCGUCAGCCACUGCGGGAUGAAUGGCAUAUUUGAGGCAAUUUAUCACGGAGUGCCGGUUGUGGGGUUCCCUUUCUAUGGGGACCAGUUCGACAUCAUGACAAGAGUUCAGGCAAAAGGGAUGGGGAUUCUCAUGGACUGGAGCCGAGUAAGCGAAGAGGACCUUUACCAGGCCAUAGUCACCGUUCUCUCUAAGCCCAGCUACAAUAAAGCAGCCAAGCAGAUCUCGGCCCUGCACCGAGACACGCCUAUGCACGCUCUGAACCGCACGGUGUACUGGCUGGAGUACAUCCUCCGCCACGACGGGGCGCCGUACCUUCGCCCAGCCGUCUACGACCUCUCCUUCUACGAGUACUUCUGCCUGGAUAUCCUUGCUCUCUUCCUUCUCUGUCUGGCCGGCGCUGCCUAUGCUCUGUCCAAAGCCAUUGUGUGGUACCGUGGAAAGAGUGCCAGUUCCGUGCAUCUGAAUGGCAACUGUCUGAAUGGCCACCUCGUAGAGGGGAAGAAAGCACAGUAGUGUGUGGUGUGCUCAGGGCGCGAAACAGACUCCAGUGCGAGCACACACACCGUCCAGGCACACGCAGAGACUCAAGCUUGUCCGUCAGUCUGAUUGCUGCUCUCGUGGCUGGGAAGAGGGGGAAAGAGUGGUGCAAAGGCCCGUGUGUGCCUCUGUGUACAGCACACGUGGGUGGGGACAUGGAUUGAGGCAUGGGUGGAUGCAUUUGGCCAGGACUGUGGGGGCAUUGAGGCGGGGCAUAAGUGGGUAGGUUUCUGGGGAGGAACAUGGGGUUGCUCCCUUUUUUAUUCACAAUGGUUUAGAUGCUGGUGUUACCCUUCUGGCUUGCUAGGGUCUGCGGUGAGGCAUAGGGGGCAGGAGUGGCGCUUUGUCUGGGGCAGUCACCAUUUCUCCCUUGCUCCAUUAGCGAGGCCCUGGGAACUCAGGACUCCUUUGGGCACAGUGGGGCAGCCGACUUGGGGUAGGGGAGGGCACCCUAAAGGUUGUUUAAAAAUCAGUCUUUGUUUUAAAUUUCUUGGGCAGAGGUUCUGGCUGCUUCCCUUGGUGCUCUAUGCUCUAGGCUGUGUUUGUGCUAACUUAUUUUUUAAUAAACUGUCUUCUUUCCUCUGA